AUGAGCAGAAAGCAAGUUCCCGUGUCCAUCAAGUUCAAUGAGCUAGGCUUGCGCCUCGUCGAUGGACGUUCAGUGCUGGAAGGUGUGAGCGGCACCUUUUUGCCAGGCCGAAUGGUGGCCAUCAUGGGACCCUCGGGUGCGGGGAAGACCACCUUUAUGAACGUGCUCUCCGGUAAGGCCACCUAUGGCCAGAUGACGGGCCAAGUGGCCUUCAAUGAUGGUGAAUUGGAUUUGCUCACCAUGAAGCAAGGCAUGGGCUUUGUCCCGCAGGACGACAUCGUCCAUGAGCAACUCACCGUGAGCAACUCGGACCCAGCGACCAGAAGGAAGAAACGCUUGGAAUGCCUGGUUUUGCUGAAGACGUGGGAGAACAUCUUCUUCUCGGCGAAGCUCAGAAACCCUUACAACGUUCCGGAUGCCUUGCUGGAAGAGGUGGUCGAAGACGUCUUGAAUGUGAUGCAGAUGACCCACAUCCAAGGAAGUGUGGUUGGUGGUGUAGAGGAGCGCGGCAUCAGCGGGGGCCAACGGAAGAGGGUGAACAUCGGCUUAGAGUUGGCUGCGAGGCCGACGGUGCUCUACUUAGACGAGCCCACAAGUGGUUUGGAUAGCACCUCCUCCUUACAGGUCAUCAACUCACUAAGCAAAAUGGCCAGAUUGGACAUGACCAUUGCCAUGGUCAUUCAUCAGCCACGUUAUCCACUCUUCAGCUUGUUCGACGACGUGUUGUUGUUGGGCCCUGGUGGUCGCACUGUCUACUUGGGACCUUCCUUGGGCGCCAAGUCAUACUUCACAACCUUAGGUUCCUUGGCCGCCCGUGAGAUGAACCCAGCUGACUGGCUCAUGGAUGUGCUUUCCGGGGUAGUGCCCAACGAACAGCUCUCAACGUUCCGGCCGGCUAUGCUCUUUGACAUUUGGAACUCCAAGAAGGACUCCAUCAGCAGGGAUCAAGUCCGCCGAAGCUUGACGGCGCUGGAAGACUCCGCGGUCUUGGUUAAUGCCAUCGAGGAAGAAUGGGCCAAGAUUGACAAGGACAGUUCCGGCAGUGUGGAUGCCAAGGAGUUGGCGCUCCUGCUGCAGACCUGCGGAGAGCAGCACCCACACCCCGAGGCCGUGGCCGAGAUGUUGCACCAGAUCUCAGGAGGCAAAGAGUUCGCCACCAAGCAGGACAUGGUGACCUUCGUCCAUCGACUCCGGGGCUCCGAACACCCCGCGGCCAAAGGUGCCGCAGUCAGCCCAACUGCCAACGCAGGGACCGCAGGGACGCAGAGCUCGGAUGAAACGCAGCGGCUGUUGGCCUUGGAGGCGCACCACACGCAGCCGCGCUUCACCUUGCCACGCCCGGGCUUUUGUCAACAGUGUGGCAUCGUUCUGAAGCGGCGCUUCGCUAUGUUCAUGCGGGAGACCUCGAGGAGGAUGGAGGAAGUCGGUUUGGUGUUGCUCUGCUCCACGGGCAUCGGCUUGAUGCACAUGGGCUCCAAUGGACCCAACUCCUUAGAUCUGCCAGGUAAUCUCCACAUGUUCUUCAUUGGCUUGGCCCUGCUCUCCGCCGUCUCCUCGCUGAAGGUUUUUGGUGAGGAUCGCCCCAUGUUCUGGCGCGAGAGCGCCAACGGCAUCAGCGUGGCGGCCUUCUUUACUGCGCGAUGCCUGGGAAACAUGUUCGACGUGCUCCUGCUUGGCAGCACCUACAUUCUGAUCUACUUCAUAUUGACAAGGCCACCAGUGCCCUACAUGGUCUACCUCAUUCCUGGCAUUUUGGUGGCUUUUGCUGCUGCCAGCUGGGGAUACUUGAUUUCGACUUUGGUCCAGCCUCAAAAUGCGACGACGGCCACGGUGAUGUUUAUCUUGGUGGGCUGUGGGAUCUUGGGCAAUCCUUACAGGAUGUCUGAUCUCAUUGACGGAGGGGCCAAAGAGGUCAUGAUCGCUCUGUCGUUGAUCCGCUGGGCAUUGCCCAUGUGCUUGUCGGCGACCAUCGAGAGAGCCCAGGGCAAAUCCCUCUGCAUCGACUUGAACGUCUUGGUGGUGCAUCAGGCCUACCACAACGAUAUGUCGCAAGGGAAGUACACCCUGUGGAAUCAAGGGCUCUUGGCCUUGGUGUGCACCAGCAUUCUGGUGACCUUUGCAGCUUUUCUUGGCUUGAAGUUCACCAAUCGGAGCAAACAGGUGUGA